AUGGUUGCUUUCUUCGAACGUGGUGCGAAGAUAAUUGAACAAGGACCCGUAGACGUCCUCUUCGACUUCGUUUCGAAACGUGUUAUCAAAUUUGUGCUUCACACCAAUGCGCCUGGACAUUGUGACUUCGGAAUAUACUCUCGAUGCAACUUCUCAAUCUUGUUGAAGGACAACCAAUAUGAGAUUUGUACCGACUCCAAGUUUGACGAGUUCUCGCACGAAUUCAUGGGAGACUCGAGCUCUCCUCGUCCAGUCGUUCUCUCUCGUCACGAGCAACAACCUUUCGGCUCAUCAUUCUGCUAUGGAACAAAGCAAAUCAUUGUCGAAGUCAUGGAGAAUGGAUUCCUUUCCUCCCUUUCUAUCUAUGAUGGUUCCAAGGAUAAGUGA